AUGUCUGCUGAAGAUCCAGAUCUUUUGGAUUACGAAGAUGAAGAACAGGAAACUGUUCAAGAGCCAAAAGCGAAUGGCGAAGCCCUUGCAAAAAAAGGCAUAAAAGGCGCCUACGUGACCAUCCACAGUUCCGGGUUUCGGGAUUUUAUACUGAAGCCGGAGCUCCUUAGGGCUAUAGUUGAUUGUGGCUUUGAGCACCCGUCAGAGGUCCAGCAUGAGUGUAUACCGCAAGCUAUCCUCUCGAUGGAUGUUCUUUGUCAAGCGAAGUCUGGCAUGGGGAAGACAGCAGUCUUUGUCAUCGCUACUCUCCAGCAGCUUGAUGCCGAAGAGUCUGUUACUCGCGUCCUAGUUGGUGUGUUCUUCGGCGGCGUCCCUAUCAGGAAAGAUAUCGAAACGCUUACGAAAAGUACAAUCCACAUCGUUGUCGGAACCCCGGGGCGCAUUCUGGAUCUUGUUAGAAACAAGGCUUUAAAGCUUGCCGGAAUCAAACAUUUUAUUCUCGACGAAUGUGAUAAGAUGCUGGAGACGUUAGGUUUGUUCAUUCUAUUUUACAAUGACGUUAGAUAUGCGCCGAGACGUCCAAGAGAUAUUCAGAAUGACUCCCCAUCAAAAACAAGUGAUGAUGUUCAGUGCUACAAUGAGCAAAGAGAUCCGCCCAGUUUGCCGAAACUUCAUGCAAGACGUAGGUUGCUUACCAGUGCAGCCGUGGAUUUUCUGAUCACAAUGCAACGUUGUGACGGCCACUCGUCGUCCUGUCCGUCUCGUUAUGCCUGUUUAUUCGGGCGUGAUAACCCGAUACUGGACGUCAGGCGCAUAUGCACAGAGAAUUGUCUCCUGCGGUCCCAGAUUACCCAUUCAGAGACGAAGCCACCGUAUUUGCGCUACUGGAGACUCGAUUCGUCGAGGCUGUCGCGCUGCGGCGAAGGUGGGCAGCGUAUUGGCUCCAACAGGGUGUUAGGAUCUAGGGUGUCUAAGUUAAUUUGGCGACAUCAACCUCUUAAUUUUUUUCAGCCAUUGGAGAUUUUCAUCGAUAACGAUUCCAAGCUCACACUCCAUGGUCUCCGGCAGCAUUAUGUCAAGGUCAAGGAGACUGAGAAGAACAAAAAGCUGUUCGAGCUUCUUGACGAACUGCAUUUCAAUCAGGUCAUUAUAUUCGUCAAAUCUGUCCAACGGUGUACUGCCCUUGCUCAGCUCCUUGUCGACCAGAAUUUCCCGGCUAUCGCGAUGCAUCGUGCAAUGAACCAAGAGGAACGUCUGGAGCGAUAUCAGGCGUUUAAGAACUUCCAAAAGCGAUUGCUGGUUGCCACAAAUCUCUUCGGACGGGGCAUGGAUAUCGAGCGCGUCAAUAUCGUUUUUAAUUACGAUAUGCCUGAGGAUUCCGACACUUACCUCCAUCGCGUCGCCCGAGCUGGUCGUUUUGGUACAAAAGGUCUGGCCAUCACUUUUAUUUCCGACGAAACCGACGCAAAAGUUCUUAAUGAUGUGCAGAAUAGAUUUGAAGUAAACAUUAGCGAACUUCCCGACGUAAUGGAAAUCUCAAGUUAUAUGGAGGAUCGCUAA